AUGUUUUCUGAUCAUUUUCAAUCUGCAACCAUAACCCUAUUGGACAAUUUAAAAUUCCGUGUUAUUUCCAUGUCCUGUCCUUCUUAUCAUUCAUUUUCUGACGAAUUUAACACUAACAGAUCAGGAGGAUAUGGCUCAACUGCUUAUGUGACUUUCAAGGAACCCUAUGCAUUGGAAACUGCAGUAUUGCUGAGUGGGGCUACCAUUGUGGAUCAGCCGGUGUGCAUAUCUCGUUGGGGACAACCUGAUGAGCCUUGUAAUUUCUGGGACAGGCCAACUUGGCAGGUGGAGGAGGAAAUUGAAUAUAGGGAUUACCAAUCAUGCCAGUUCAACGCCACUCCACAGGAAGCAUUGACAGUGGCUCAGGACGUCGUGAAGACAAUGCUGUCAAGGGGAUACAUACUGAGCAAGGACGCAUUGUCCAGGGCUAGAGCUUUCGACGAGUCCCACCAGCUAUCUGGGUCUGCGGCAGCAAAGGCUGCGGAGCUGAGCCGGAGGCUCGGCCUGACCGACAGAGUCAGUGCUGGUGUUGGCGCAAUCAGAUCAGUGGAUGAGACAUACCGUGUUACCGAGACGACCAAGACCGUCACCACCGCCACUGGAAGAACAGCAGUCAAGGUUAUGAACACCAUCGUGACCAGCAGCUACUUCUCUGCGGGAGCUAUGAUGGUCUCCGAGGCUCUCACCCGCGCCGCGAAGGCCGCUGAAAAUCUGGCUGCUCACGGCAGGCAGCAUUAA